GCCGCCAUCUUGCCCGCUCCCCCCCUCCCGUCCUUCCCGCCCCGCCGCCAUCUUGGCACCGCGCGGUUGCCGGGGAAACCGCGGGGCCCGCGCUCAGCCCCGCUCCCGUCCUUCACCCCUCACAGCCGCAGGGGCUGAGGGCCGUGCGUGUCACCGUCCCGCGGCACGGAGAUGCGGCCCUGAGGGACGCGGGCAGUGGGCACGGUGGGGUUGGGGAGCUCGGAGCUCUUUUCCGAGCUGUGGUCCCCCCGCAGCGUGCUGUGCCGUGCGGGUCAGAGCCCUCCUCCUCCGGGCCCUUGUGAUGGAACACGCAGAUGAACUUGAGCACCCACGAGGGAACAGAGGAGCUCCAAGGACAGCCACGGGACAAAUGAAACCCCGGAUUUUCAGCAAGUGCAUUAAAAUGGGGCACGAGGAAACACUUAAAACAGCGGAUAACGGGAUGAAACAAAUCUUAAUUGCUUCUGCUCCUUGCCCGUGUCUUUUAAAUACUGAAGCACCAAGCUGUGGGUCUUUGCUUUGUUUUCCUGCUUUAAGCUAUAGCGUUAUUUCUUGCAUUAAUCUGUAAUGCACAGCUCCUGCGUGUGGUCUGUGACUUUCCUCAGGCACCCUGUUGGUAGGGGAAGCCCAUGAGACCUGAAGCUGAGGUGAAAGAAAAUAAAGGGUGAGGAAAAGGGGCCUGCUGGCAUCACGGAAUCAUAGAGCACCUCGAGUUGGAAGGGACCUGUAAAGAUCAUUGGGUCCAACUCCUGGCAUCGCUGGGUUCCAAGCACCCCUCGCUGCUCAGGCCCAGCCAUGGACUCAACGGGGUGCUCCCAGGAAACGUCCGUCAGAAAACAAAAGAGAAAAAGGGAUGGGGAAAGGAAGCCUUUGUGCUUCUGAGAGAUCCUUCGGGAUCCAGACUUCUGCAGCCGUCCUGCAGAUGCCCCGGUGCGUCUCCAGUGCACAGUCUCCCCCAUCCAUCGCAGCGCUGCACCGCAAGGCGCAAGGUUCACAUUAAUUCAGCGCGCAACCAGGGAGUGAUUUGCUCAGAUCCUGCCAGUGUGCACCAGGCUGGAGAGCUGCAAGGUCAACCAGCGGUCAUGCACGGCUCCGGCCCUAAAAAUAACCAGCUCCAGCGAGGCCGAGCGCAGUGGUGCUGCCGGCAGCAAUGGCUGAUCCCUCCUCUCCCCCCUCACUGUUGCCAGGAGAGACGUGGGGGUGCUGAGAUCCUGCUGGGGGAGAAGAAGCUGUGGGAUGGGGUUUGGGAGCAGAUGAGCUGUUCCCAGUGUUCUGCCCUAACCUUCCAUCCUGGCACAAGUGGGGAUAAAAUGGGAGCCCACAGCUGCCACCCACCCUGUGCUGCACGAGCUUUACACCCCAGGCUUGAACAUUGCUCACGUUCCGAGAAAUUCUAACCCUUUCCCCAGGAAAGGGCACUCUAAGCACAGAGAGGCAUGCUAUGCAGGUAGCAUUUUCCUUAAAAAUGUGGGUUUCUCUCAAAAGCAACCCCUGUGUUCUUUUUGCACACAUGCCCACAUGUUGGAGCAUUGCUGUGAAUCCAGAGGGGCCCUGCUCCACGGCACAGCAGAAGGGAGCAGCUCCUUUUUUCCAGAGCUGCUGGGACCUGCAGGAAGGCAGCAAUGCAGCGCACAGCUGCCAGCAUGGUGUCAGGGCCAGGGACAGUGGGACAAGGCGGUCAGGAUGCAGCGAGGGCUUUGGGGACAUGGAAACAGGAAACAACAGGAAACAAGAGCUUUCCCCGACACCAGCACAUCCUGACAGCACAGCAAAUCUGUGUCCGUCCUGGGGAACUCACCUGCUUCAGCCCCGGAGCUGUUCUGGGCACGCUGCUGGCUCACGGUCAGCCUGUUGGCCACCGUUGGCCUUUGGCCAUAGGGACACACUGCUGGCUCACAGCCACCCGUUGGCCACCAGGACACCUGGGUGCUUGUCCACAGAGCUCCUUUCCAGCAGCUCAGCCCUCAACCUGUACUCAUGUGUGUGGCUGUUCCUCCCCAGGCGCAGGACCCUGUGCUUGCUCGUGUUGAACCUCAUCAGGUUCCUCUCUGCCCGGCUCUCAGCCUACCUGGCUCUCGCUGAAUGGCAGCACAGCCUUCUGCUGAGUCACUCUCCCCAGCUUUGCAUCAUCCUUCCCUCUUCUGUUAAGCCCCACUCUAGCGGUUCACAUUCUUCAGUCUUAAAAUUUACAGGCUGCACCAGGCUUCAGGUAGCUGUGGCAGAGGCAGCCCAAGCAGAGAGAGACUGCAAUAGGCAGCAUCCAGGGCAUCCCUAUGGACCAGCACGGAAAGCACAAGGAACAUUUCAGCGCUCAGCAAAAGGAGCGAUGGCAAAACCUCUAUUUUACUUGGCCGUGGUUGGCUUUAGCAAACACUGUACCAAGCCUCAAGCCUCUGGCAAGCACCCAGCAGCGACCUCCAGGCAGGGGCCCAGCUCCUUCCUGCACACACAGGGAGUGGUGCUGCCAUGCCCUGCUCACAGCCCUGUGUGCUGCUCACAGCCAGAGCCAGGCCCCUGCACCGCAGAGCUCCGUCCCCGUCCCACAGCAUUAGCCUGGCACCGCUGCCGUGGAGCACUUUGGAGUAUUGUUUGCACAGCAGUUCCAUUUCUAAAAUUACAAAAGCGUUUCUCUCGGUUUGGUGGCAGCUUUUGUUCCCUCGAUGCUCGCAGCAGGUAGAGCAGCACUCGGCACAUCUCUGCCCGUUCCACUGCAAAGUCGGCAACAGCAGCACAAGGCAGAGCCGUGCUGUGACAGCGUGUUCCGAGCCUGAGUCACGCACUGCACACCCCCACAGUCCUGCUGAGCGCUGUGUGGGUGCAGGGCUGAGCGUGCACGUGGUGAACGCGUUCCCAUGACGAUGCAGCACCCCGGGAUGCUGACCCUACCCCGCUGCAGACCGCUGUCCUCUGCGGCAUUGCUCCAUCCUAUGCAGUUCAGCACCUUUGCACCUUCCUGGAAGCAUGGCUGCAUCCUUUGGUGGUACGUGGGGGCUUCCUCACCCCGAGCACUGAUCAGAGCUGGAUGGGGUUUGGAGAGGGUGUGUGCAGUGGGGUGGGAAGCCAGGGUGCGUGCAGUGCUGCAGGAUAGCAGCUCGUGGGCUUUCUGAAGCUACAUGGGGAAGUGCAGUGCUCUGCAAACAUCAGGACCAGGUCCAGUGCUUCCUCCUCAACCCCUGGCUGCUGUCACACUGAAAUCUUCAGGGUUUGGAGCAGGAGAUGUUUGCCAAGCUCCAAACCACCCCACCAGCCGCUAGCUGAACCAAAUGUGGGCACGGAGGGCAGCUGGAGCCACCAGGGAGCAGGAUGGCAGUGUGUGUGGGGUGGGUUCUGCUGUGUGUUGCUGCCCCUCAUCCCUAGGGGUUGCAGGAACAACAGGAACCCCACUCUGACUUCUUACCUGGGUUGUGGAACCCCUGUCCUCAGCUUUGCCCUCUCCCUAAUGAGUGCAAAGCGUUGGUGCUGCCCACGCCCAGGACUGUCACAGAGCAGGAGGUGUGGGAUGCAUUUUCCUUUCUCUAUUAAGCAAGAUCUGUAAUUAUAAACCUCUUUCAGUUUGUGAGAUCUCCCAUGGCAAUGCAGACCCCACGCAGUGUGUUUUAGCCCGGUCACAAGCCACUUGCCAUUCUGAGCCCCCUUCCACAGCCCUUUCCCAGCCCGCAGAGCCCAGCAGUCUCUGUGACACAGCCACAAAUUGCUCCUCCAUUAGGAGCAGUGGGAGCCCGGUCGCUGCGUGGGAGCAGUUCCCAAGGCAGCAACGCUCCCACCAUGCAGCUCCUGGCAAGCGAAGGCAGAAAGCAGCUGGAGGAGGCACGCGGCGAUGGGCUGGCACAGAGGGGGCACACGUGGUCUCAUCACUCAGCUCCAUAAUAAAGGGCCCUGAGGUUGGUCUCCAUCGCUGCGUGUCAGAGCAGUGCACCCUCCCAGGGUACCAAGCGCACCGGGAGCAUUCAGCCCGCGCUGCUCCACACCCACACCUGCAAGCUUCGUCCCAGCGCUGUUCAAAGCGUGUCAUCUCCAGCUCAGCCUCCCCUCGGCCAGUGGGGGUUAAUCAAAAAAUCCCAAAUUUCGCAGGCUGAGUCAGAACGCGGUUCAUAAGCCGCAGCACAACUGAGUCAGCGGCAUCUCUGUUCACUGUGAUUUUACUGACAGCUCCGAUAACAAAUAUCGCUCACACUGGACCACGGCCAGCACGGAGGGAGCCAAAUCCCUGUCUCCCACCGGCGUAUCUAAGCACACAUCUCUAUGAAAAAGCGAAAUACAUCUCUCCCCACCCAAGAGGAAAGGGGAAACUCGGUAGGAAACGUAAAACCUUGGGUUUAAGAUUUUUUUUCUGGGCCGUUUUGUACCCACUCAGCAGACACGAGGCACCUUUUGAAGCUGCACUCAGCACUGAGUCCUCCUGCUCUUUGGCACCCAUUUACUCUCCAGGUGCAAAUAGCCGCGUUUUCUGCAUACGCACCAAAAAGCCAACAGACAACCAACAGCCACCUCCCAAAGCAGCUGUGUCUAUUGCUCCAUGGCUGUUUCAGAGCAUGAUUCCCUCCAGUGCAGGAAAAGCUUUAUUUGUGCUCUGCUCAUCUCCUCCUCAAGCCCCCCCCUGGCCCCCUGUUUUGUUUUGGUUUUUUUUUGCAUUGCUCAGUGCCUUGUGCAAGCCAGCCUUCCCCGUGAGGUCUAGACAGGAUGUCCCGAUGGCUGCUGCAGCACGGGGAGCGCGCAUCCUGCUCUGCGUGAGCUCAGCCUGGUGCCAGGGGAACAGCUUUCAGGCAACGGCACCGAGCUCUCACACUGCUGCUAGGCAGGCUGGCAAUGAGCUUUCUAAGAACACUGCACAAGAUCGAACCAAAGCAGCACAUCAAGGAGCAAGAGGAUGAUGCCUCUUCCAUCUCCGUGCUGAUCUUUUGCUAACUGUUGCUUAGAAAUAGGUAGGAAGAGAACGCAGCAGUGCUGCAUCUGUCCCCAUUAUUCUGUUUCAUGAAUGCUCCCAGCAAAAGGCUCAGAGAAGCCAAAGCUCUGCAGCUUAAGAAACAAUGUCAUGUUUGAAAUUACUGCAAAGGAAAGUUCCUUUCCUGAGAACCCCAUUCCCCACUGCAGAAACACGAGAUCUUAUCUCUGAAGGCAGCCCAAGGCCCAGGAAUGCACGCUUCAAGCAGCUCCAGUGCAAGCCCUCAGCUUCCUGUAGGAAACUCUGACUGACAAGGGAAGGCAGCCCCACUGAAAAAAAAUCCAGAGCCUGCAGACGGGAAUUUUUUGGCAGAGAAGCCGAUGGCAGCAGUUGGAUGUGCUCCACUGGCAAGUGCUUUCCAGGCCUCCCUGCCUCGGCUGCUCUCACUCCCCAGCACAGCUGCUGCUCUGGGGGGUACUUGACACAGGAGCUGUUUGGCUGCUGAAGAUGUGUCCUGUUGCAUCAUUAAUAAUAUGCACUCUCUGUAGAGCUGCGUAAUUGGGAGAUUGUAGAAUCAUUGAGGUUGGAAAAGACCUCUCCGAUCCCCAGGUCCAACCCCAGCCCACCCCUCCGUGCCCACUGUCCCUCAGUGCCACAUCUCCUUGGUUCUGGAGCUCACCUGGAUGGUGCCACGUGUCUGUGGUUCAAGCACCAGCGGGAACGCCCAGGCUGGUAGGAAAAGUAACCUCACUGGGCCAUGAAAUCUGCCCUUUGAAAUCACCAGUCACCAAACGCAGCAAUGGGACACACACCCGCUGCUGCCCCAGGCUCCAGCGCAGGUAUCACGGCCAACCCCGUGGCAGUGGGCUUUGAAGAAAGCCCUGCACACCUCGCUUUGUGUGACUGCGGCACCGAUCCCCCCAAGCCAGUUUUCCACGGUAACUACAUUCAAGAAACAUCAGCUCAAGGUCCUUGUUCUCGAUAACAAAGGAUGGAAAGCGGCGCUGCUUUCAAAGGAAAACACACCCGGCUGGACAUCCGACAUCAGCCCAGGAGCAGCUGACGUCCUUGUAAUCACGGCUCCAAAUAAAUGCAGCAGGGAUCUGCAGACCCACCCAGUGAUAUGUCACUGCAUGAAGGUUGCUUCCUCCUUCUGGAAAGACUGAGUGGCAUCCAGCAUCGAGGAGCCAAGAUUAAAUUAAACAAUCGAUUAGA